CUUUUACGGUGGAAUUUAUAAUUCUUUGUUUAUAUUUGAAAAUUUUAUUUAUUUCUUUUCACAAUCCAUUAUCCUUCACAAUUCUUGACAUAAUCUGUCAGUUUUUUAUUAUACGAUCAAGUUAAAACUUUGGAAAAGCGCUUGUGAUCUUCGAAAGGUCCCAAUCUGGAAUUGGGUCAAUGAUGGAAGCGAGCAAAUACAAUAGCGUCCUUUCUGGAAAGAAUUUCGAUAUAUCUAGUCGCAAACGUGGUUCGUUUUUGUUUAAUUAAAACUUUAUAUUAUUAUUUAGAGGGUAAUUUACUUAAAACAAAAGGAGGAAUUGUCCAAUAUGCACGUUUUAGUCGUUAAUAAUUAAACUGGGGCAGGUUUUUCGCUGUUUGUUGCAUUUAUUAGAUAUAAUAUUUGAAAUUCCACAGAGUUUAUAGGUUACAUGUAAACAAUGGCUGUUCAUAUAAACAGUCAUUAGCAGUUGUUGUUUAUGAUUACUAUAUUUAGAUGAUAUAGUACUGGAAAUUCAAAUUUUUAGUUGGAAAAUGCAACUUGUAAUUAUUGGGGUCAAGAGAUCAUCUGAUUAUGUGGGAUAAUCUUGAUCUAAUCCUGACAUAUAAAGCCAUGUGAUAAUGGCAAUCUCCAUAAUCCACUUCAGUGGUUAGUGCAUGUGUCUAUCUCAGUUUCUCUUGUGAGAAGUGCUUCCAGUUUGAUUCUACUAAAUGCAGUGUUUUUGGUUAGAACACUCUGGAAUCACAGAUUCGAUUCCUGCAUUGCAUUUUUCGCAACUGCUCCUCGUUAAUAGGUGUAAUAAAGACCAAAAUAAGUAUAUAAACUCAGCUACGGCAAAAUGCAAUGGAGACACGGCAAAUUUGCCAAUCAACCACCAAUGAAAUUCGCAAUACCCCAACCUAAAUGUGAAAUACUGCAAACACCAUAGGUUAAUUCUCUCCUCCAGAGGGCCCACAGUUUUUUGCUGCUGCUCACAUUAGGUCUGACAAUUGUAUAUCUCUUCUGCUCAAAAUUUUCAUCUGCCAUAACCCUUUAACUGUUGGUUCUCUCUGUGUAUCAAAUAUAAUCCAAGUCUAUUUUUCAGAUCAAAUUCACUCUGGCAUGAACUCAUCUUAUCAACCAACAGCAUUUUAUCAAAGUACUCCAAAGGGAAAGGUAGAUUAUAACUGAAGUUUCCAUUAUAACAUUUAGUAAUGGUGGUAGGGAAUAAUCUCCCCUUUUAUGACAUGUGUUAACCUCACUCCCAACCAGAAAUACCCAGAUGACACAAUUGAUGAACUUCAUGUAUUUGUAUUCCACAUUUUCACAGACAGAUUCAUCUGGGUGCAAGGUAGUGUAGCCUCACCCCUCUGACAACUUUGGAACCUGUUUGCUCUUUGACCUAGCUGUAACAACUUUUAAGACAUUUUGACAGUGUCUAUACUCCUGCCUUGAAAUGGUCCACACCCCAUAAAAUACACCCUACCCCCAUUGGAAAAUGUCCACUCCCUCAGUGAAAUCUUCAUCCAAAAGCACCCCCUCCCACAAAAAAAUAUUUUCCCCACCCUGAAAAUUUCACCCCACCCUCUAGAAAAUCCUCCCAACUGAACAACCCCCUGGAGAACUUACACACACACGCUUUCUCUCCAUAAUUACUCUGUAAAUCUUGAAUCAUUUUUCGUACCAGACCUCAAUGGCAAGCCCAGUUUCUCUCAUGAAUGGCUCGAUCACAAGAUCACCAUCAUCAGCUGGACAUAGAUCAUCACCAUCCGGUGUUGGUAGAAGAUCAGCUAGUCCUUUACGCUCACGGUCAACAAGUCCAACCAAGUUGCAUCAUGGGACAUCAGCUUCGCCAAGACAGGUUUGACGGAAGCACCACCAUUAACGCAUUGUGCCCUAAUGAACUCUACUUUAUUAUUUUACCCAGUCUAAUAUGCCAAACAAUUUUAUUCAUCAAGGAGAGAGCACUGGUGUACUCAAUGGAGAUUGUCCAGAGUAGAAUACGCUCCCACAGAGAUACCACCCUAUAUAGAACAUUAUCUAUGCACCUUGGUCUCAUCAAUUAUCUUUAUUCUGUUCAGUUGUUAGAUGUGGAUACAGACACGAUUCAAAAACAACGCAGAGAACUUCAACUUCUGAUUGUGGAACUGAAGGACAGAGACAGGUUAACAUUGCCUCCUACCUUUCUGAUAGUUGGCGUAUUUAUAUAAUACACAUAGACAAAUUUAUCCAUCAAGACCAACUACACACACAUGCAUAUUUCCAUAUGAGUGGGCGAACUAUCUGGGAAUUUAUUAUCUGGGAAUUUUCAGACGAACUAUCUUUGAUCAGUGGCGUAGCCAGCCCGAUGAUUCCGUCCCGCUAUGCAAAUAUUGCCAUGUUUAUAAACUAUCAACACACAAUCAAUUUCUAAAGAAAUUAAUAAUGAGUUGAAAUUUGCAUAGCAGACCAAAUCGUCGGGCUGACUGCGCAACUGUCUUUGAUAACGGAUAACUGCAAAUCAGAAAAGGUUUUCUUCACAAAUGAUUAUGUUUCUAGGGAGUUGAAUGACAUGGUGCACACCCACCAAAAACAUCUUCAGUCCUGGGAUGAAGACAGACAACGGGUAUCGAGUUGCAACUGUACUUUCUUAUUUUCUCUGCCUUAAGGCCAUUUUCCAUUGCAGUCGCUUUGCCCUCGCGGGCGGAGCGACCAAUUUUAAUCACGUGAAAAAUCAGUCGCCCGGCCACGCCAAGAAAGUUGAAUGUAGUUCUACUUUCAUGGCGUGUGCGCAAGCAUUCAGGUGGACAAAAAUGCACAGGUUAGGCAACUACAGAGAAAGUUGAGUAAUGUUCGCUCCGCCCGCGCGGGCAGACGAUUUUACUCGUCAAAGUGAUGGUGCUGGCACUCGACAGGUUAAAAUUUAACCCUUAAUCUUUGCAUAACAUUUUCUAAUCCUCAGAUUCUCUCUUUGGAAAGAAGAUGUGCAAGAUUAGAAGGUAUAUAUGGCGAAGAAACGUUUUCAAAUUUAUUGAAAAAAUUGUGUGGAUUAUAAUUUCCAUAUCAUUAUUUAGGAGAGUUGAAGACCAGAAACGAACAAUGCAAAGCUUUAACAGCGCGGUAAGGAUGGAAUAUUUGGAUGUGAAUAUACUGAUUAGGCGGUAUUAUGAGAGACAGAGUGUGAGAAAUUGCCAUCCAUCGACGGAUUCUCUAAACUAUUUUAGUAUUUUGUUCGUGUCAGGUUAAAAUCAACAGAAGCUGAAGAAAUGAACAAACGGAAAGAAUUGGAAACGACGAUGGUAUGAAUUCAACCCAACAUUAGGGAAAUUUAUCUUCUUUACAAAUUAUUCAAGUAUCUUGUAAUAUUUGGGAUCUUUCCUCUUAGGAGCAAUUAAAAGACGUCACAGAGCAAGCAGAGGUCGCAACUCAACAACUUGAAGACUUGGAGGUCCAGAAUAUUUUUAAACAGUUUUAAUAUACCUUUUUUAGCUGCAAUCUUCAUUUCUUGGUAGCGUGUUCCGUGCAACGAUUUUCUCUUUAUAUCUGCCAUCUCUUAUAUUUCCUAAACUUUCACCGGUUUACAAUUAAUGUAAAUCACUUUCUUAUGAAUGAGUAUAAGAAUUAAGAAAGUGAAUUUACAUUGAGACUGUAAACUGUUAUAAUUUUUAAAAGGCUGCCAUUUCUUCAGGAUAAAAAUACGAAUCUUAGUGAUUCCUUACGAGAACUUUCAAAUAAUCUCGGUCAACUCCAAGCAAGAGAACAGGAACUACUCACCAAGAUCAAACUAAAGGUAGAUGACCGUAGAUCCGCUGAUUUCAAGAUACUCUCAGUACAGCCUUUGUAAUGCCACAAUCUUUUCGCACAGGAAAACGACAUCACAGAAGCCAAUAUACGCAUAGGAGAAUUUCAACAGAAAACACGAAGACUGGAGAACGCACUUCAGGUCAGCAAUACAUGCCUGGAACCAGACAUACUACGCAAAAAUCUCACAUCUUGUAACAAGUUUGUUAACAAGCCGUCAACAAGUUGUCUUCGCACUGCUUGUUACAAGUUGUCAACCGUUCUGGAACAACUUGUUGACAACUUGUAACGACCUUGCCGAAAUUAUCAGACUUGUUACAAGGUUGUUCUGACAAGUCUGUUACAUGCUUGAUAUAACAAAUUGUUACAACCUUGUGUUGACAACCUUGUAACAUCCUUGUUAUAUCAUGAUUGUAAAAAAAACGUGUUAGAACAACCUUGUAACAAGUCUGCGCAUGCAUCUAAUUCAUUUCGCCGAAGAACGCGCCCGUGGAAUCAGGCCUUAAGUUCUCGAUUGUUGACUGUUGACGAUCUGUUACAGGCUUGCAGUUAGACAUGCUACAAGGAAGGUUGCAUUCAUAAUGCUUGUUCCUUAAGCCUGGUUCACAUAUGCCUGCGACUGUAUCACUAUGCCUCAACUUGCCGCCGAAAUACCGGGAAAGUUGAACUCAAGUCAACUUUCCUGGCCUACCGCCGAUGUAAGUGAGGCACUGGAGGCAAUCGGCGAGCAAAUAUUCACAUAAUUCACGUUUUAAGCCACCACCGGCAUCGUCGCCGGUACGUCGCAGGCAUAUAUGUGAACCAGGCUUUACUUGUCAAAAACAUGUCAUACAUAACUGAUAAUUUCAUUGACGUUCUCUCCUGAAAUUUCUUAUUUUUUCCUCCCAGGAAUACCAGACGGUUGAGAAAGCGUUAAGAGCUGAAAGAGAUCAGUUUAGAGAUCAACAUAACGCCACCAAGAAUGAAGUGGAAAAUCUAAGAGGUAUUGUGGGUGUUUAUGUCAUUCAAUGAGGAAGACAAAAGAUUGACAUGGUUUUUGUUGGAUUAUCUAGGUGAGAUGAGUAAACAGUUCAGUGAUGCGGAUGAUCUUCAGUCCGAACUGGCGCAGGUAACUCUGAUACUGUGGCAAAUGCUGAAGCCUCAUGGUUUAUUUAGUUCUGUGGUUCGUUGUCAAGCCGAUACCAGGAUGUGUUCGCACUGCUUGUUCCCAGUUGUUGUGAUAAGUUUGGAAUAACUUGUUAUCACCUUGUUACAAGGUUGAUGAUGGUAACAGACUCGCUACAACUUGUUCCAACAAGACUGAUACAGGCUGUUCCUAACAAGUUGCUACGAGCUUGUUGUCAUCAACUUGUUAACAACUUGUUACGUGCAGACGAUAUCAGACUUGUUGGAACAACUUGUUGCAAGUCUGUUGUCCUCAUCAACCUUGUUACAAGAUGAUAACAACUUGUUCCAUACUUGUUUACAACUUGGGACAAGCAGUGCAGACACAAUUUGUUGACGGCUUGUUGGCAGACUUGCUACAAGAUGUGAGAUUUUUGCGUGUACACACGUAAAAACGCACAAGUUGUUACAAGUCUGCAAACAAGUUGUUACAAAUCUGUUCACAAGCUGUCGACAAGUUGUGUUCGCACUGCUUGUUCCAAGUUGUUGUAACAAGUUUGGAACAAGCUGUUAACAACUUGUAACAAGCUUGAUGGCAUUAUCAGACUUGUCACAAGGUUGUUCUAGCAACUCCGGUACAGUCAUGAUAAACAAGAAUGUUACAAGGUUAACGAUACAAGGUUGUAACAAUAUUGUUAUAUCAUGACUGUAUCGGACUUGUUGGAACCUUGCAACAAGCCUGAUAAUAUCAACAAGGUUACAAAUUGUUAACAGCUUGUUCCAAACUUGUUGACAACUUGUGACAAACAGUGCGAAGACAACUUGUUGACGGCUUGUUGGCAGACUUGCUACAAGAUGCGAGAUUUUUGCGUGUGUAUAAUUGGAACAGUUCUCACAUGCAACUGAGGCGAAAUUCACUUGUACUGACAUAAGUAUACCGUUACAUUCUAGUCAAAACAAGACGUCCUUGUGCUACAGAAGGAAGUAUUUCUAGCAGGUACCAGAUUGUACUGUAUUUAGGGUAUACCUUAUCCCUAACAGCCAUGGGGAAAAGGCUCAGUCAUUUAGUGCAUGUAAUCAUCUUGAGUGCUACAUGUAUGUAAUCUUGGUUAGGAUUACUGGCAGUUUCGAUUACUUACAUGUACAGUACCAUGAAUAUACAUGCAAGUAAUUCAUGCAAGUGCCAAGCAAUGAAAUGGGAGGUAAGAAGUUAAAUUCUGUUUAGGUGAACGGGAAAAACGUAAAGAUCAGUUACUGGAGCUACAGAAGUCGAAACAAGAACGAACAGAUUCUGAACUACAAAACUUGAGACAAGUAUGGACACAGAAGUGAAUCUUAGUCUCUUUUAAACAUAAGUAAAUUGAGUAAAGAAAAUAAGUGACAUUAACUGAGUAUUUUCAACUUGACUUCGUUUCAGAUAUGUGAACGGCAACAACGCGAUAUCUCUUAUAUGCAGAUGCAUUUACAAACUUCGCAAGAAUCGUUUCUUAAAAAUGAAACAAAAGACGAGAGGUGCAUUGAAUUGAAUUUGGUGAAAUUGAUUAUUCGAUGAUGCCAAAUUAAUCGAUUAUUUAGCCCUGGUCAAAUGAGAAUGGAGAGUUGAGAAGCGAGAGUUUGCAUGAGAGUUGAGAAGCGAGAGUUUGCAUGAGAAUUUUCUCAACUCUUAUGCCCCGGUCAAACGAGAACAAGAGUUGCACGAGAGUUGAGAAGCGAGAGUUUGCAUGAGAGUUUUCUCAACUCUCAUGCCCCGGUCAAACGAGAACAAGAGUUGCAUGAGCGUUGAGAAGCGAGAGUUUGCAUGAGAGUUUUCUCAACUCUCAUGCCCCGAUCAAACGAGAACAAGAGUUGCAUGAGAGUUGAGAAGCGAGAGUUUGCAUGAGAGUUUUCUCAACUCUCAUGCCCCGGUCAAACGAGAACAAGAGUUGCAUGAGAGUUGAGAAGCGAGAGUUUGCAUGAGAGUUUUCUCAACUCUCAUGCCCCGAUCAAACGAGAACAAGAGUUGUAUGAGAGUUGACUGGAUAUCACAGCAUCUCAUCAAAGUUUGAACCUACAGCUCAAAAUUGAUGAGAGUUGACAGUCAAACGCGAGCGAGAGUUGCAACUCUUAUCAAUCUUACCAAGCCUGUCCUUACCUCCUUCGACUGAGGCUUUAGGAAUUGGUCUCUUUUUUCUAGAUUCUAUGACCAUUACAACAAUACGGCUACCAAUUCUCACCCGGAAUGGCUGAACAGUACCACUGAAAGUAUGCUUCACUUAUAUCGUAGCAAACAUCAUAUUUCUAUAACAUAAUUUAAUAAUUAUUUUUAAGUAUUAAACUUACAUUUGCAUGUUUCAGUUCAAGGUAGUGGCUUCCCUUCAGUACAAUCCAGCUCCCCAAUCAAAGAUGCAACACGAGACUUCAAUAAUCUAUCAUUUAAAGAUCCAGACUAUGGUCUUAAUGGUCCAAUGUCGUACCUCCCAGACACAAAACAACGAACUUCAACCACCAACUCGGAUAACCACACUAUAGAACAACAAAUUCGUCGCAGCUUGGGUUAGUUCAUGUGAAAAUAAGAUCCCUUAGGCAUUCACAACUACACGGCAAAAAACGCCGAGCCCGUUGCUCAACAGGACUGAACAAUGUGUUGCUGCCCACAUUGUUCAUAGCUGUCAACAAUAUUGAACAAUGUUGUUGAGCCUGAAUCGGGUGUAACAAUAUUGUUGACAGCUAUGAACAAUGUGGGCAGCAAAACAUUGUUCAAUCCUGUUUUCAUCAGUAUUGCAUCAACCUGAGCGUUUUUACGCGUGUAAACACUGUCCAAACGCACGUCACACGCGGCUGAGUUCGAAAACAGCACGAUCGCUUCUAACAAAAGCUCUAAACACAUAAAAAACACACAAGUUGCAAUUGUAACAAACCUGCAGCAGACUUGUAGCAAUACUGUUCCAACAACUUGUCAACAGGAUGUGUUCGCACUGCUUGUUCCCAAAGGCUUGUUGACAACUUGCUACAAGGUUAUUGAGCUGAACAGACUUGUUCCAACAACUUGUUAUCGUCAUGCUAUUCAACAAGUUGUGAGUGACAACCUUGUAGCAACUUGAUAAAAUAACAACAUUGUUACAACUUGUUGACAAGCUUGCUACAAGCUUGUUGCGAACACGUCUUGUUGAGAAGUUGUGAGAUUUUUGUGUCUCAUAUUUUUUUUAUAUUCGACCAGGAUCUCCAGAACUGAACUCGGAGAGCGAGCAAUUCUUUCCUCUACCAACAUUUUCCGCUGCACAAACAUUUCCUUUGACGAACUUUGUGGAGCAGAGAACGAACGGUGAACAUCUUAAUGAUGAUACUACGAUACAACAACGAGACGUAAGUACUAAAUUCACGUUCUUCGCAAAUCAAAGGGCAAGAAAUUAAUGGAUAUUUUGCAUCAAGGAACAAGCUGUUAACAAUUUGUAACAACCUUGUUGAUAUUAUCAGGCUUGUUACAAGGUUGUUCCAACAAGUCCGAUACAGUCAUGAUAUAACAAUACUGUUACAACCUUGUGUCGUCAACCUUGUAACAUUCUUGUUAUAUCAUGACUGUAUCAGACUUGUUAGAACAACCUUGUAACAAGUCUGAUAAUGUCAUCAAGCUUGUUACAAGUUGUUAACAGCUUGUUCCAAACUUGUUACAACAACUGGGAACAAGCAGUGCGAACACAACUUGUCGACAGCUUGUGAACAGAUUUGUAACAACUUGUUUGCAGACCUGUAACAACUUGUGCGUUUUUACGUGUGUACCUCUCACCACUUUUUCAGGACCAAAAUUCACCAACCAGCAAACUGCAUCGAUUACUGGAAGAAUCUCGUCAAAUGGUCCAAACUCUGGAGCAAAGCACAAUGACGACACCACCUACGGUACGGCUAAGUUGAACUAACUUUAUUUAUGCUGGAAAAAACGUUGCAGCUCUAAACUUAACCUGCGUUGCUGGGGGUUUUAUGCGGUUGGGGGCUAUUCUAAACUGUUCCAGUAAGAGGCAUCCCUUGUUAGCCCAAUGUUACUACAGGAGGAAGCAAGAGUACCCAUAGAAAACCUGUAGUGUUUAGUUUGAUAGAGUCAAACUGGAAGCACUCUUGUGACUGAGAAGAGGCACAUGAACCUGCAACUGUGACACCAACACCCCAGUCGCUGAAAACAGCAAAGAUUACACUUUACACGAGUUUUCAUCCAACUACACAUGCGUCAAACCUCUCCUCAUAUCUGACCGAGGUGAUAUUCUAAUUAGACAACUGCAUAUUAAUUAAGCGCUAAUCCUUACCCUAACCGCUGACCCUAACUCGCAACCAGCGAGACAUGUAUGAAAUUAUUUUCUUUGUAUUUUUUACAGGGUUCAGUCGACGGCUCUGAAAAGUUCUCUCCCUCUACAACAAGCCCAAAUACGGACCGACUGAGUAACUGAUAAUCUACUGUACAAUAUGUACCUAACACGUGUUAAUGCCCCGUUGCCAAUCAAUUCACUCACAUAUGCUUGCAUUAUCAGAACAGUGGUAACUAGGCAUGUGAGUUAUCAAUUCACUCGCAUGUACAAUAUAAAUGCUUGGUUAUCUUUGUUCCAUUCUAUGCUUACAUCAGAACAGUGGUAACUAUAGGCAUGUGAGUUCUGUGAUAAUGCGAAUUGGCUGGCAAUGGACACGAGUUAGGUCUAUCAACUUUAAAUCAAAGUUGCUUGUUGUGUUUUUAGUAAUUUAUGUACAUAGAUUUAAUAUAUACAGUGAUUUUAACUUAUAGAUAAGAAGACAUGUGCAAACACGUUGAUUGAAAAUAAAUACUCAGAAAAUUCAAUAACUACGAGUGUAGAAUUUUCAUCGUUGAUGUGGACAAACUAAGAAACAAUAAUGAAACAUUGCAUGUGCAGAAAUAGUUGAAAAUCUUGACGUAUCCUUCAGGAAACAUCGUUGCGGAAACUAAUUUUGCUUCCCUGAAAAUAAUUCCUCAACAAAUUCAACAUGGCCAGCAAACAUUGUUUAAUAACUUUAAAACUUUCUGGUUUGUCCACCUUCGAGAAACAUGGCUAGGAAACAUUGUUUUCUGGUUUUUCCGCCAUCGCGAAACAUGGCUAGGAAACAAUGUUCCUUCCUUGUUUGCUCGCCUUUGUGGCGAACAAUGUCUGCUGCUUUACGCUGGCUUAGUUAAUUAGACUAUUACUUGAUCACCGAGGCUUUUUGGUCGAGUCUCCCCGUAGCUGCAGUGCUAAAGCAGAGGGUCUAUUUUCCGGGAUAGCAUAAGGCCCCGAGGCUAACUCCUCGUACAUCGAACUAUCAUCCUCUCGGCCAGUCAAAACAACAUUUCUCAACUCGGGCAUUUCAUGAAAGGGCAGAUAAUGUUGUCCGUACGGAAUACCCUCGAGCCGGCGGUGUUCUGCACUUUCAAAAACAGUCUCGUGCUGUUCCCAAUGUCUGUCACAUGCAGCACACAAGAAAGCCGAAUGGAAACCUGCGCACGGGCAGGACUUUACACGACAUCUCCUUGGAUUUGUCGGGCUGUGUUCCUCGUGUGUGUGCUUGCAUUUGCACUUCGCUCUCCAGGUACUGGGGUCGAAAUUUCGCCGUCUUUGUAGCCACCAUUCCCCCACCUCUUCUGUCCGUGCGGGAACAAACGCGAACGCUUUACACUCACACGCGCGACACGGCACGUUGACGCUGUUACCAUGGUAACUACUAUGCUCCGAUAAAAAAUGUCCACAAAAACAUUUCGAUGAUUUUCCGACUCGUAUACAAUCAUGUUUGAACUCAGGGCAUCGCCAGCCGAUAUAUAUACCCGUCUCAAUCGCCUCCAAAGCAGCUUCCCUUUCAGGAUCGAACAACUUUUUCAACCUCGGAGCGAAAUCUUCGCGAUUCAUUGCCCUUGCUACGGGCAGAAGUUCUGCUUUCGAAGCGGGGACUAUAGGCCGUACAGUGUAACCUUUUGGCGCUAACAUUGUGGGCUUUCUCGGCGAUAUUGCAGUGUUUGAAGUCUUUUUCUUGUUACUUGCAGCUUGUUUAACACCGGUUGUAGUUUGUUUAGGAGCCAUUACAGGUGGCCUUCUUGCUGUAGUCGAAUUUUUAGUCGCAGAUUUUCUCGCUUUCGUGUUUGUGUCUGGACUGGCAUAGCGCGAAAAGCGAGUCGUUGCUUUCGUCGUUGCACCAGGAGUGUUUGAAGCGCCGUCUCUGCUCGAUUCUGGCAAACUGAAACCGCUAGAUGCGAUAUUUUCCUCUGAAAAUCGUCUUGCCAUGUUUAAAUUGAUGUAAUUUGUAACAUACGGUAAAAAUAGAACACUAUAAACCACAUACGUGGUUGGGCAGGCGUUUGACUACCUCACCAAAUUGGGAGAAUUUGUAUAAUAAUCAUGUAAUACUUCGUCUUCCCAGCAAUAUUUUUGAAUUCUGGAUAACCACGGAAUGCAUUUCUUGUGUCGUC